AUGCACGAAAUAAAUAUCGAUGAUAUAAGUUUGGGUUCUGGAUUCUCACAUGCUAAAUACGCGUCUGUGGUUUCAGCGAUAGGAGUAAAUAAUCGAAAUUUAUUCAUAGGAUCCUCCUCCAUAUCAGGGGAUCUAUGGGGUGGUGGCUUGGUCGUUUACAACCUGAAGAACUUAAAAAACAAUUUUGGUCGUAUUGCAUGUGAAGAUGAGUCGGCUGUAGUUGAUGAUAUCUCUCACCAAGUUGUUACAGAGACUUCUUUCGACUCAUCUGUCGCAUCAAUAGCACCAUUGAAUUUAAGUUGCAGUGAAUUAACAGAUGCUGUUGUGAUUGGUUUAGAUGAUGGUUCUAUUCAGUUGGUUACACUACGUGAGAUGUCAGCCAAUUCUCAUCAGUCACAAAUGCAGCCAUUAACGAUCAACUCUGCUACAUAUCAUGAUUGGCCGUUGGAGAAAGUAAUAUCAUCUCAGACCUCAGGAUCUACGAAUCCUCAUAUCAUAACAUUAGAUGUAGCUGGAUGUGUAAAAUUAUGGGAUUGUCCAUCUUUAAUGCCUAUUAAAUCAUGGUCUAUCAAUUCUACAACAUGGCCUGUUAACGGUUCCGCUUUCACUCCAGAUAUUUCUUUACUAUCUACUAAUAAUACUAAUAACAUGAUAAAUCAUCAAAAUAAUUGUGAAAAUUUUUUAUUGUCAACUUUAAAUCCAUUAGAUGUGAAACGAAAAAUUUGUUUAUGGGAUAUUCGUGUCAAUGAUGUAUCUAAUCCAAUUGUAAUUCAGUCAAGUGACUGUUCAAAUAUUACACAUGAUUUACCAACAGCACUUAGUUGGUUUUCAACAAAUCAUUUGCUAUUGGGAACUUACGAAGGUCAUUUAUGGGUUUAUGAUAUUCGCAAUCCUAAAAUGGAACUAACAAAUGUAGAUGUUACAAAUACAAAUGAAACUUUCAAAUCGUCCUCACAUAGAUGUAAACAAAUUGUUCAAAUCCUUACGCAUAAUUAUCCAGAAACAUCAACUGAAAAUAUUCCUAAUACUUCCAAAUAUAUCGGAAUAAUUCAAAUCAAUGGUUCAAUAGAUGUUUACCAACAGAAUAUAUCAACAUUUAAUGUAUCAAAUGACAUGUUUACACAUGUAUAUCAUGACGAUGGAAAAUCAAUCAUGAACAUCGAUAAUAGAUGUUAUGGAAGAGUUAAACCAUGUGGUUUGUUUCUAUCUUCUGAUCUUAUGAAUCCUGAACAACCAUGGAGAUUUCUACUGUCAACUGGUAUUCCUGACAAUAACCAUAAUCUAUCAUUGACAAAUACUUCAUCAUAUACUGCUAACGUGAAUUAUCAUACAACACCAACUAUACUUAAUUAUCAACUUCGUGUACAUCCAAAUCUAAUUCAAACAAAUAUUCCGGGAUUCAACAAUCUCUCUAGAAUUCAUUACAUAAAAUUACUGAAUAUUUAA